AGCCAGGUUUGAGAACAGAAACAAAUUAUGGAGGAAGAUAGUUUGGGAUAUUUUGAAAUUAAUCGAAUGAGCCAGAUGCCAAAACGGAAAUGCAGUACCACCAAGAUCCAUCAGGGCAUUUGCUUUGAGCCGAGGAACAAGGGUGGGUGCUUGGCUUGUGCAUACAAUCUCCACAAGACCAUCUGCUUUGGUGGCUCAGGGAACUCAAAGAAAGGGAGGGUGAGAGGAAGGGAGGGAAGGUGAGGUGGGGAGAUAAUGAAUGAGGAGAGGCCCUGGACAGCUACCACAGUUUUUUAAGUCGUCUGUGUGUGCCCACCUGCCUCCCUCUCCUCCACCACCCUCCUCUCAUCCUUCCAUUUCAUCUUAAAAGAGAGGCCCUCAUUAGUGACCUCUCCGUGAAACAUACAGCCUUCACAGAUAACAGAGGGCAGCUUUAAAACACAUUUGGACUCUGCUUAUGUUCUUUCUCCCUAUAAACUGCUGAGAAGGAAGUAGCCAGUGGCAUGACAGGAAGUAACAGAUGGGAGGUCCUGACCGUGAUCCCCUGGAUAAGAGGCUCUCCGUUUAAGCUCCCUUGGUUGCCGGUGUGCCGCCGCAGUGGAUGUUGCAGUUGUGAAGUUCCUUCGCCCGGCCUGUGUGCUGCGACAGCAGACUCAAUGAGAAAGACAUGCUUGCCUUCGUUCUGGUCUCUGGGUCAAUCUGGAUUCUGUUAGAGCUGAGUUCCACCCUGAUGGAGAGGAUGCAAUCCCAGGACCUCCUCAGUGCCCUGCGUCUGCCCGAGCUGGAUGACCUGGGCCAGUUCUUCCAAUCACUGCCCACCUCCACACUGGUGGGAAUUGGGGCUCUCACCGCUGUCCUCGCCUAUUGGCUGGCCACGCGGCCCCGCCCCAUCAACCCACCCUGCGACCUCGCCCACCAGUCGGAGGAAGUGCCAUGUGAGGAUGGGGGCCGCAGGUCCAUGUUGGGGGACAGCCCUAAGCUGCUGACACACUACCAUGAGGACGCCAAGACCAUGUACGAGGUUUUCCAGAGAGGCCUCCACAUAUCUGGUGAUGGACCUUGUCUUGGUUCUCGGCUACCUAACCAGCCUUACCAGUGGUUGUCCUAUAAAGAGGUGACGAGCCGGGCAGAGCAUCUUGGGUCGGGCCUGCUGUCCCAGGGUUGCAAGCCGAGCCCAGAUCAGUUAAUCGGUGUGUUUGCACAGAACAGACCAGAGGUGAGGCACACAGAGACAAGGAUGCACGUAUGGCAAUGGCUUCCGAUGAUGACAGUAGAGCUGCCAAUCUGGUACCCACCUACCUGGUACUUUACAUUUUUGGUAGAACCUUCGCCGUGGUUCCAAGCGAGCCAAGACCAAAAGUGGAUCAUCUCUGAGCUGGCCUGCUACACCUACUCCAUGGUAGUGGUGCCUCUGUACGACACUCUGGGGCCAGACGCCAUACGGUUCAUCAUCAACACUGCUGACAUCUCCACGGUGAUCUGCGACAAUGUGGCAAAGGCCCAGGUGCUUCUGGGUAACGUGGAGCGCCAGGAGACUGCGGGGCUGCAGAGGAUCAUCCUGAUGGACCUCUUUGACGCCGCCCUGGUGGAGAGAGGGCAGGCCUGCAGUGUGCAGAUACAGGCACUCAGAGACGUGGAGGCCUUGGGCAGAGAGAACCAUAGAAAGCCUAUGCCCCCUUCCCCAGAUGACCUAUCUAUUGUGUGUUUCACCAGUGGCACCACAGGAAACCCAAAAGGAGUGAUGCUGACACACGGGAAUGUGGUUGCAGAUUUCUCUGGCUUCCUCAAAGUCACAGAUAAAGUCAUCUCCCCAAACCAGAAUGAUGUCUUAAUCUCCUUCCUGCCCCUGGCUCACAUGUUUGAGAGACUCAUCGAGUCGGUGGUGUACUGUCACGGUGGCAGGAUAGGGUUUUUCCAGGGUGAUAUCCGGCUGCUGUCAGAGGACAUGAAGGCCUUGCGUCCCACCAUCUUCCCUGUGGUACCUCGUCUGCUCAACCGCAUGUAUGACAAGAUCUUUAGCCAGGCCAACACCCCUGUGAAGCGUUGGUUGCUCAACUUUGCUGCCAGGAGAAAAGGGGCGGAGGUCAGUGCAGGGGUCAUUCGCAGUGACAGCCUAUGGGAUAAGAUCUUCUUCAGUAAGAUACAGGCCAGUCUGGGAGGCAGGUUGAGGAUGAUCAUCACUGGGGCCGCCCCUGCCUCUCCAACUGUGCUGGGAUUCCUCCGAGCUGCGCUGGGCUGUCAGGUAUACGAGGCGUACGGACAGACAGAAUGCACAGCUGGGUGCACGUUCACCACACCCGGAGACUGGACCUCAGGUCACGUGGGUGCUCCAUUGCCAUGCAACCUGAUCAAGCUGGUGGAUGUAGCAGAUAAGAACUACUUUGCUGUGAAGGGGGAAGGAGAGGUGUGUGUGAAGGGACCUAAUGUGUUUAAGGGCUACCUCAAAGACCCAGAGAAGACAGCAGAGACCCUGGACUCUGAAGGCUGGCUCCACACUGGGGACAUUGGGAAGUGGCUACCUAAUGGCACGCUGAAAAUAAUCGACAGGAAGAAACACAUCUUCAAGCUAGCUCAGGGAGAGUACAUCUCCCCAGAGAAGAUCGAGAACAUCUAUAUCAGGAGUGAGCCCGUGUCCCAGCUUUAUGUCCAUGGAGACAGUCUACAGUCCUGUUUGGUUGGCAUUGUGGUUCCUGACCCGGAGGUCAUGCCAGGCUGGGCAAAGAAGAAGGGCAUGGAUGGCAGCUACAGGGAUCUCUGUAAAAAUACAGAACUGAAGAAGGCCAUCAUGGAAGACUUGCAAAGACUUGGCAAGGCCAGUGGACUCCACUCCUUUGAACAGGUGAAAGACAUCUACGUUCACAGUGAGAUGUUCUCCAUACAGAAUGGCUUGCUGACCCCAACGCUGAAGGCCAAGCGGCCAGAGCUGAAAGAGUUCUUCAAGGAGAAGAUUGAAGUUCUUUACAACAACAUCUCCAUGUGAAUGACUUCUACAAAUCCAAUCAAAUGCCCAGUUCCCAGUCUACAGGUCAACAAUCAUCACUUGUCCCUUCCUCACUCCUCCCAUAACCGCACAUCACCACACCCACACACUUGACAAUCCUACCAAUUGAACAGGCUCUAACAACCAACCAAUCAGCCAUCCACCCGAGACUCCAACCAAAUGAAUUGAGUCAACCUGCUGUUAACAUGUGACAGCAGCUCAACCACAGAAACAAAAGUGCAGUAUUGGUGUGAAGUUUACUGACAUUGUACCACCAGUUGUAUCCCCGGUCUUCUCUCUCACAAGACACACAUUGUACGCACCUGACGUGUCUUUCUCUAGAUAUGAAUACAUCGACACUGCAGCAACAGUCUGCAUGCUCCCUUUUGUUCUGUGUGUGGUCUACUGUCGCCUUGAUCACAAUACCUUCACUGACACGAUUCCUGAGGAUUCUCCAAGUUGCACCCCAAGAGUUUGCCAGUUCAACACAGAAAAUAGAAUAAAAAUAGAGAGAUAAAAGAAGCAAACAUGGACUCAGGGCACUGCAUGCUGUUCGCCCUUCUCUGACAAGGCUGUUGCUGUCAUGACCUUGAGAUGUGUCCAGCCAGUCUGUCAGCCAGCCCAGUCAGUAUACAAGAUAUAUUGCAAGGCUUACCUCUCGCGUAGCCUGCAAUGAACUCCACAUUCUGACAGAGGAGGAAACAAACAACUAACGGACUUGGAAAUAAGUUAGAAGAAAAAAAAACGUGGGUUUACGUAGAGAAAUUGUCUAGGCUUUUUGAGUUAAGUACAGUCCCCAAGUAUAACAAUCUUGAUGUACAUAUGAGGACAGCUAAGUAUAAGCAUAUUUAAGCAAUGGUUUGAAUGACAUUUCUUGACAUUUUGCGUGUAGUGAGAUGAAUUGUACUCUUUAUUUAUUUAUUUAAUCUGCUGUAAAAUGUUACCAGCACCAUAUUGUUGUAUUGUAUGAGUGCAGCAAUAGGGAUAGUGAAGGGGAGGGAAGGGGGAUGGGGA